GAGUUGUGGCGGGCGGGUACCAAUACCUAGGGUGCUAUAAUGACCAGGAAAGUCCUCGCGCCAUGGAGCGCCUGGUGAGUAAGAAGCGCAGUAUCCGCGAGUGCGCCUGGGAGUGCCAAAAUUACAAGUACUUCGGGCUCCAGGCGAGGACCGAGUGCUGGUGCGGCAACGACGAGGAGAGUUUCAAGCAGCACGGUAAGGCGGAGGAAGAUCAGUGUCACAGCGGCUUUGAUGAAAACCCACCAGAAAAGUACGCAUUUCCUUUCAAGGAAACCCAAGCGAGCGAAAACUGCCUCAACGCCAUCGGUUCGUGGUAUGAUUUCGCGGACCGCGGUUUGAAUCACUCCUGUGGCGGCGAUUUUCGCAUGUCCGUGUACAAGCGUGGGAUGCAUCCUGCCGACCUCGGCGAAGACUGCAAAGAGCUCGAAGACACCGUCGAGAAGUGCCGGAACGUGCCUUCGAUCAAGUUUGGCGGGGUGGAAAUUCGCAAGAACACUCAGCGGGUCUUGCGGAAGAAUGCGUUGAGGGACGUGAACCUGAACAACGAUCCAACGCCGGGCAUGGACCUCGAAGGCAUCGUGCACUGCGUCGGGAACGGCGAAGACGCCAAGCACCGCAUCCGCAUGCGGCCUCACGGUUGGUGGGAUCACGUUGGCAUCACUUUUCUGGACGAGGACGGGGAGAUCCGGCUGCGGGCCCUGCAGUGCGAGCGAAAGAACACACCGGGCUACACGCCGCUGGGCUGCUACAACGCGAAGGACUCCUCCUCGGGUGCGGGGCUGCCAGACACACUCGUUCUUCCCGGAAACCCGCUGCCGUACGCGCCGAAGCUGUCAAUCCGGGAAUGCGCGUACGAGUGCAGGGGCAACCCGUUUUUCGCCAUGUUGAACGGCGGCGAGUGCCGGUGUGUGGCCGAAAAGGCGUCGUACGAAAAGUUAGGACGGGUGGAAGAUCCGGCUAAGUGUGCGGUUGAGUGCGAAACAAAAGCCAGGAACAGUAACUGGCACCUGGCGGACCGGAGUUUGGGCGCCUUUUGCGGCGGGGAAAACGCAAACGCCGUUUUCCACCACGGGUGGCCGGAAGUGGAGGUCGCUGGGUGUGAGCACUACGGCGAUGCGGACACCUCGGAGAUGUGCAGGCAAGAAAAUGAGGUCAAGUUUCGGGUCAGUCCCUGCAACGAGCAACCAGGAGACUUGUGCGACACGUGGAUUCACAAGGGCUCCACGCGGUUCUUGUGGCUGGAGACCGAUUUGCACGGUAUGAAAGCGGACGAGAAGCAGGAACUGUGGUGCGGCGAUGGAGUUGAGCGCCCCAGGUUGAAUCCGACCAGCAAUGGUAUUGGUCUCGGCGCCUCGAAACUUCCGUGGGACAGGCUGCACAUCGAGUACACGGCGAAUUCCGAGGUGAAAUUCAAGGCCUACCAGUGUUACAAGCCCGAGGUGCACAGAUACCGUCUCGUGGGGUGCUACAAGCGGGACGACAAGACACCUAUCGAGGAAACGCUCGUUCGCGGCCGGCGGUCCAUUCGCGAGUGCUCUUUCGAAUGCUUUGACCCGAACAAGGGCAAUAGCAACGAGUUUGCCCUGCAGAACGGCGGCGACUGCUACUGCGGCCCCCCUGGCAAGAGCUCGCCGUAUACAACGAGCUCGUACGAAAAGGUGGACGACGUGAAUUUGUGCAAGAGUGAGACGCGCCCCUGCAUCGGGUCCGACAACUACGAUCGGGAGGUAAACAAUACCUGUGGAUCGUUGCAAUAUAUCUCGGUGUACCAGAAAGGCUGGCCUGCGGGAGAUAUCCACAUGGACGUUCUCGAAGGAACGACUUCCGCAAAAGAGGACAAGGUGGAAGAAAACAGUCAAGGGAGUAGCCUUCACAAAGCAGUUCUUGGGAGGUGCACCCCGCUGACCGACGCUACGACCAAAGAAGCGUGUCGCAGUGAGCGGGAGGUGUCGAUCGGGGCCAGCAGGGAUAAUCCGGACAACACGAACUUCUACCUGCGCAAGGGCAUGACCCGGUGGGUGACGAAGCGGCACUUGAAGUCGGGAUACGACCCAGAGAAGGACCCGUGGGAGGCCAAGCUGUGGUGCGGAGACGACGAGUUGGGGCCCGUCUUGGAUCCCUCACUCUACAAAGAUAUGCGGCACUCGAAGCAGUGGUUCGAUCAUAUCAAGAUCGGGUACAGCACUGACUCAGGUAAGGUGGAACUCACUCCGGUUCAGUGCGACCCCGGCGGCUAUAGGCUUUUGGGCUGCUACAAGGACAAUGAGGAUGACCGAAUCUUGUUGGGACUGCAGCCGGCUCUCUCCGUGGGCCCGUACUCUCUGCGCGAGUGCGCCUUCAUUUGCAAAACCGGGAACGUGCAGCAGCGAGCGUUCGACCUCUUCGGGCUGCAGGACGGCAACCGGUGUUUCUGCGGUGUGCGCGAGGAGCACGACUACACCCGGUUUGGGCCAGUAAGUGGGGAAAACGCGUGCAGCACCGAGUGCAUGUACAUCGACCCCUACGACCAGUCGGUCGGGAACACCUGUGGUGGCCACCUUCAAAUGUCGGUCUAUGAGUUUGGGUGGCCGCUGCAGGAGCUGGGGUCGGAGAGCAACGAGUGCCGCGAGCUGACCGACGGCGCGACAAUGGAGCGGUGCGCCUCGCGGCUCUGGGUGGCCUUCGGAAACGCUAACGGAAAGCAGGAAGGGAGCAAACGCGGCACAAUCAAGUACGCGCGCAAGGAGAUGAGGCGCACUUUCGUGAAGCGCGAGCUGGGGAUGCUCGAGAACGAAGCGGGAGCGGUUCUGUACAUGGGCUGCGGCACUGGAACGGGACAAGAAGGAGAAUUCCACAAAGACGGCCAGCACAACAAAAACGAUAUCAUGAGGGUCCGUAUGAACCCGGGAGAUAAAGCGGGGGGGUUGAAUCCGGCGAAUUGGGUGCACUCGAAUGUGUGGUACGACCACGUCAUUGUGGACUACAAAACCGGGGGCGGCAAAGUGAACUUCACGCCCCUGCAGUGCGAUCCUGGUGGCUACGAAUACCUCGGCUGCUUCCAGGACCAGCGGGAGGAUCCAGCAAUGGGUGCCGACCAUCCCGCCGUCACCAAGCCCCGCAGCGUGCGCGAGUGCGCCCACGACUGCCGGAAAUAUCUGCACUUUGCGCUUCGAAACCAGGAUGAGUGCAUCUGCGGGGGUGGCCUGAAGUCCUCCGCCGCUCCUGCCGCGUCUUCGUCUUUCCUUGACGAGGCAAGAUCAAGAAAGAAGGCCACCAUCACACAUAUGGUGGCAGAGCACGACAACCCAGCAUUGGGCCGCGUCAGUCCGGGGCUGAAAAGCGAUGACGUGGAGGAUAAGUACGAGGAACCCGACGUUAACCCGCCAAGCUACGCCCGCCACGGGCCGGCCAAGCGGUCGGACUGCAGCAGCCCCUGCCUGGCUUCUGUGGGCGACGACUAUGACCAAAGCGUGGGCAACAUGUGCGGAGCCACGGACGGCGACAAAACCGUGACGCGAAUCUCGGUGUACAAGUACGGGUGGCCGAUGGCCGGACAGGACGGGUGCCUCAACCUACUGAACGAGACGCAGAAGGAGGGCGGCAGCACGAUUUCCGCGGACGAAACCAUGGAGCGGUGCCGAGGAGAGUAUGCCGUGCAGUUCGGCCGCGUGGAUUCAGGCGCGGACGAGGAGACGAAAAAGAAAGAAAGGGCCGCGCUCCCCUGGAUCCGCAAGGGCAUGAAGCGGACGUUCGUAAAGCGCGAGCUCGGCGGGUUUACCGACGAAGGCUACCUGUUUUGCGGCAACGACGAGCUUCGCAUGAAAAUGCACCCAGAGAUCAAGGGCGCCAGUGCGGGGGAAGUCGCUGGAGACAUGUUCGCGGUGGGCGCCGCGGUGGGCGCCACUGUUGCGUUGGGGCCAGUGCUUGGCGCCGCAAUAAUGUACGGGCGGCAGCUAUGGAAGUGUCAGGACUGAAAUCGUCAGAGUUGAAAUAGUUUGCCAUGCAUAAAAUGCAACCCACAGAAUGCCUGUCUUGCAGAGUAGGCAAGUGAGGCAGAUUGUAAGCCUCUUGAGGGGUAGAAACUGAGCUGCUAAAGUAGCACGACAAAAGGCGUCUUCCUUACCCAAACAGCAUGACAAACUGGAUUUCGGUUCUACCCAAAUUUGUCAUGCGCCACUUCGAAACUCAAACUGGGCCACAACUUUCAUCCAUUUUAUGCAUUACAAGUCUUCAACUUUGUGGAUUUCAGUCCUGACACAUCCAUAGCAGCCGAAUCCAAAUGACUGGACCCCGUCGAGGCUGUGGUACGAUCACGUGGAGAUAAACUACGAAGAGAAAACCGGCGAAUUCCGGACGACACCACUCAUGUGCGGCAUCGAAGGCUACGAGCUAUCUCAUGCAAAAUCGCCAUCACAUCAACAUCAUUGAAGUAAGUACUUAACUCAAUAAUUAUUUGCCCUGUGUGUGUACGGAGUACAAAGAAAUGCAUACAAUAAAGCAGCAUGACCAGAAGAGUUUCAGUCUGAGUAUAUAUAAGCUUUGCAUUGCGAUUUCGGGGACUUGAUUGUGAAGGCGAUUUUGGUUAGGAUACGAGCUGCUGGGGUGCUACAACUUCUCACCCGGAGAUGCCAAGCUGAUGGAAACGAUGGCGAGUAGCACGCAUCAGAAACCCUUGUUCCGAAAAGUUUCCCCGAUGCCAACGCAGCCGCGCUCCCCUCGUGAGUGUUCGCACGACUGCCGGCAUUCGGGAUUCUUCUUUCUUGCAAACGGCGUAGAGUGCUACUGCGUAGACGACGACAGGCUGAAGAGCGAAGCGAACCUGUUGGUUCCCUGCAUGCCCUUCCGGGGCAAGCAGCUUCCUCCGACGGAAUGCUCGCUCGACCACUGCGCGUCGCAGGAGGCUCCCGGCUACGACAGCGCGAAAGGCAACACAUGCGGGGGUAAGCCCGGAAAGAACACCGUGUCGCUCUACCGUCUUGGCUACCCUAAGAGUGAGGCGACAAGCGACAUAUCGAGAUGAAAAAUACCCCCUUCAUCCCAUACUCGUCCGAAAGAAUGUCUGUGACGCUAACAAUGUGUAUCAAUGAAUCCACCAAUCCCAUCGAUGCUCUGCCUUUUUGCAAAAGGGGAAGCAGAGUAGACGUAUGUCAUGCUGAAGAACUACACUACUUCCACUUUUACGGCUCCUCACUCAGGCUGGGAAUCUGACCACGCUGGUCUGUCUGUGCCUGGUCAGAAAGCGAUGCGUGUUCGCAGAAUAACGUCACUAGGCACGACCCUUGUGAGUAUGGGCGGGAGAGAUUUUUCUUCUUUUUGAUACGACGGGUGCGAAAAACUGACAGACGCGCAUACGAUGGAGCGAUGCCGUGACCAGUUUGAAAUCCGUUUCCAAAAGACCUACGUACGCAAGGGUAUGACCCGUGUUCUCGUGAAGCGGCACGCGAACGUGAACAUGCACCAGGAAGGGGAGAUGCAAUGCGGGGAGGACAAAAUGAAGAUUCGCAUGGUGCCGGGCAGUGACGCGCUAACGUCAAAUCCGCUGCGCACCUCGGAGCAUGUGGAAGUGAACUACCUGGCGCAGGGGGGCCAGGUCCACUUCACGCCCCUGAAGUGCGACCAGGGCGUGACCCCGGAGUUUAUCGGGUGCUACCGCGACUCGUGGAAAUAUCCCGCCAUGGUCGGGCGGCGACCGGUACCCAGGCGCUCGGUGCGCGAGUGCGCGCACGAAUGUCGCGACUUCGGGUACUUUGGCCUGGGACCGGGCGGCCGGUGCUACUGCAGCGCACACCUGACGAACGAGGGUCCCGGGUGGACGGCGGAGCACGAGAUUCCGAUCGGACAAGCCCCCUCUAGGUUCGCGGACGAGUCCCUACCAAAACUGAGCGAGCUGAAUUUGCAGGACGCUGCGGGUAACCGGCUUUCGGUGGGGGAGAUGCUGCAUGUGACGGACCCUGCUUCCUCACCAGCAGGAACUAGUACUGCUGCCUCUUCCUUCUCGCAAACACCAAGCUCGCAAACAAGUUCGCUCCUCGAAAACAAGCAGUAUCGCCAACAACAAGGCGGAUCGGACCCGUUUCAUUUAGCACCGGAUUCGUCCUCCGAGGGAGACACGACCACGGAUGCGACUGGCGCGCUGAACGAACCCGUCGUAACGGCCACAGCCGGGGAAGACGCGCCGAUUCUGGCUGGCGGUCCGGAGGAAUACGAUUUUGAUAAGUACGGCCGCGUGCCAGACCGGUUUUGCACGCAUCCGGACGCGGUCCGCGCCAACUGCGUGGACAGCUUCGACGGAAGAGCCAACUACAGCUGCGGCAGCAAGGAGGACUACGGGCCGUUACCCAUAGACGUGGAUUCGCUCAGCGUGCUCCUCGACCACCAAGAAAGGGUCGAAGAGUUUAACAAAGAGCAGGAGGAGGUGAAGCGGCUCGAAGAGCAGGAGGUGCGGAAGGCACAGGAAGUUGGCGCGGGGACAGCAGCAACAGGAACAACGCAAGUAGGGCAGACGUCUCCUCAAGUGCUAGAAGAAGGGCACUCGUUUACCCAACUGCGUGCGCGGGUCGCAGCGAGGAGCAAAUUCGCAGCUGCGGAGGGCGACGCAGCAGUAGCCACCGACAAAGUCUUCAAAGGUAGAACGGAGGAGAUGAUAAACAAAAACGUGCUGGAUGAGGACGACGCUGCCAUUCCCUCUCCUGGAAAGCCAGGUGAAGGUGUUCCGGAGGCCGCAAAGUCCAGCUCUGAAGAUGAGGACUCAACCGCCACGUCGACGACGACCUGCACUUACGACAUUUUUGCCGAGGAAAACGAGGACCAUCUCCAAUACAUAUCGGUCUACAAGAAUGUCCACGGAGCGCCAGAUGCGGACUGCGAGAACCUCGGGCACACCGCAGAGGCCUGCCGCGGCGAAGACCAUGUGGACUUCAAUUGGCUGGGGCUCCGCAAGGGCGAGCACCGGGUGGUGGCCAAGCACACUUUGCGGUUCCUGGAGAAGCAGGGAGGCACGGUCACCUGCCACAACAGAACUGAGGGCUACACGCCGGAGCACGACCCGAGCUUCAUGUUCGUGCGGAUUCAGGGAGUAGGCGACUACGAGUGGGUCGGUUUGGACUACAAUUGGGACACGAAAAAGGUGAACUUCAACGCCCUCAGCUGUCCAAAGCGAAAGCUGCCGCCGACAUCGCCGCACCUCGAUCCGGAGGGGUACCUCGGAUGCACCAAACUCGCAGACACGAUGGAGCGCUGCCGGGGCGACAAUAAGAUCACCUUUUUCAGCGGCGAGGCGAGCAACUCCCAGUUUCCGGCGGUCACAGUGCGCAAGGGCGACUACAAAAUUUUCGCCCGGUGGCGCCUCGGCGUGCUAGCCGAGAACGGGAGCACCGAUAUGGUUGGUAUUAUGAAAUGUCAGGGAGAAGAGCUGACGAUAAAUUUGGAUCCGGAGGGAGCCGCCCAGCAGCCGGCCAGUCCGGCGAUGCAGACGUGGUAUCACGUCGGAAUUGACUACUGGCACGACGGCGGGAGAGUGAAUUUCUACGCCCUGCAGUGCGUGAAUACGGUCGAUAACACAGGUCCGCCGCCAGAGUUUUCGUACUCGUCUGAUGUGGCGCCGUUUGGCGCACCGGCGGACACUGAAAACCAAAACUCCUUCCUCUACAUCGUGUGCAUAAUCAUCGGCUUCAUCGUCCUACUCGCCGGAGUGGGCAUGUGGGUCGUCUAUUGUCGUCAGAGGAGGAAUAGAGACCUGGAAAUGGUAGAUGAUGGGGAAGACGGUUGGUACCUGGAUCCUCAAGAAAAUCACGCUCUUGGGAGCUACAGCUACCACGAUAGCAGUUGGGACGAAGUGCCCUUCUUGGAGCCCGGGAAUAGCUAUUAUGAAACUUCUACGUACAACCCGUUUCACCAAAGCGACGCCCAAAGAGCUCAACAACAAGCCUUCUAUAACGCCUCCUAUGGAGCAGGAGGAGGCACUACUAAAGGCAAAGGGAAAAUGACGAACCCAAACUACUACGGUACUGCAUCGUAUGGCGGCCGUCCAGGAGAGCGCCAAAUCCCAUCAGACGAUGACACGUUCGACUUCUGCAGUAUCAUGUGAGAAAAUUAAGCUUAAGACCACUGAUCAUGAACGUGAAUGAGCAUCUCUGGCUCUAAGGGUUUUAGGAUUUAGGGCUUCUCCACAGUUGAGACAAGGAGCGUUCAAAAAAAUAGGAAUUCGAAUGCCAUUAGACAAGUCUAAGUCUCAAACGACGGACCGCAGUACUAAUACAGUACAUCAACAUGUCGACACAAUUGCAAGAAG